AUGACCUGCAUUAGUGGGAUUGCGCAGCAAUGGGAGAAGAUUGAUGAGAUCCGUGCCACCUACAGGGAGCAUGGCAAAACAUUUUUCUCCUUGGACCCCACCGCCACGGCGAGAGUGCCCAAAAUCACAGUGAAGGAGGCUGCGCACCACGCACAGGUGCUAAAGCCGCAGAAUUUCGUCUUCAUUAGAAUUCGAUUUGUGGAGUGGUUGAAGAAGCUUGCCGAGCUGAUUUUUGGCGCUGGAAAUGUUCCUGCCAAGUUUGCUGACACACCAAACAAAGUUGCCCACCGCCCGCUGCCACCGGCUUGUGAGGAGGGCCCGAUUCGCUACGAGCGGCUGCAUGUGCCAGGGGCUGCUAAUGAUGUUGUGGCUUCUGGUCCUGAUGCGGAGUCUGCUCCGAAUGUGGCUUCUGAUCCGGAUGUGGCUUCUGCUCCGAAUUUGGCUUCUGCUCCGGAAGUGGCUUCUGCUCCGGAUGCGGUGGUGUUGAGUGAUGAAGAGGACGAGAAUCGGGAGUACGAGUUCCCGGGCGAGUCAAGUGAGUCUGGAGCCUCUGUAACUGACUCUGUCGUUGCAGAUGAUGACUUGGACGAGCUGGAGGAGGACCCCUUCGGCUUUUUUGAUGCAGCGGAAGCCGAGGCGAACCUGAGCCGAGAUGCAGUGGCUGCAGCAGAAGAUGAUGGGCAUGAUCAGGUGCCAGAAAAGCCCAGCUCUUCGAGCUCGGACAAGGCUCCCGACCAGGUCGUGGCUCCCAUCCAAAAGAACGCGGUUUUCAUCGACGUGGACGAUGAAUCCGAGACCUGUGCAAAAUGCUCGCUGCCCAAGGUCCUUUGCAAGUGCUUGCAGAUCGAGCAGCUGAAGAAGCAGCUCAAUGCGCUGAAGGUUCAAAAACGUGCCAGGAAGCUGGCCAAGCAGGCUAAGCUCGCCAGGCGAGCAGAGGACAUCUUCAAGAGCACGUUUGGGGAGGACGGCAGCAGUGGCUCUGCUGGGGAUGACAAAGAGGCCGUCCCCUUCCCGUUGCCAGAGGAUGAGACGCAGGUCAUGGCAGAAGCGGAGAUGGAUGUCAUUGCCGAUGGCAUGAAGUCGGUGCCCGUGGAUUCGGAUGAGGAGCCAGAGCCACCACUUGUGACUCGCCGUGAGCAGUUGGCUGGGAAGCAAGCAAGGGCUGAGGAAGCCAGGGCGAAUGAUCAAAAGGAUGGAGGAAAAGCCAAAGGCAAAGGCCGCGGUGGACCGAUUGCCGACGACGAGAAAGCCAUCGACAAGGAAGCCAACGCCACGGCGGAGCCCCAUGAAGAGGAAGCCAUCGACCAGGAAGCCAACGCCACGGCGGAGCCCCAUGAAGAGGAAGCCAUCGACAAGGAAGCCAACGCCACGGCGGAGCCCCAUGACGAGGAAGCCAUCGAUAAUGAAGACGACGCCACGGCGGAGCCCCAUGACGAGGAAGCCAUCGAUAAUGAAGACGACGGCACGGCGGGGCCCAAUGACGAGGAAGCCAUCGACAUGGAGGGUGGCGACAAGGAAGCCGACGAGGCUGAGAGCGAGGAAGCCAUCGAUAAGGAAGCCGACGACACGUCGGGGGUUACGAGUGCAGGUGGUAGCAAGCCAGGGAAGCGCAAGCCUGCAGCACCCAAGUCUGGGCCAAAAGCCGUUGCCAAGAAGCGUGCCGUGCUCAAGAAGCCUGCUGCCAAGGUUGCAAGGAGUGCUGAGCGUGAUGCCGAGGGUGAGUUCUACGACACGUUCCCGGAUGAGCUUGCUGUGGGUUUGGCUACGCAGCAUUCCGAUGAGGAGCCUGAAGGUGAGCCGCAGGACGCUGUGACGGCGAAGCCCGAGACCAAGAAGAAGGCAGAUCGACGCAAGUGUGGAGGUGCAGCCAAGGAUGCCGGAGCCGAGGUGUCCAAGGCCAGCAAAGCCAACGCAAAGAAGCCUUUGGUGGAGGAGCCUCCUAAGAGGAGGGGCCGCAAAGCCAAGGUUCCGGAGGAGCCUUUGGUGGAGGAGCCUCCUGCGAAGAGGGGCCGCAAAGCCAAGGUUCCGGAGGAGCCUUUGGUGGAGGAGCCUCCUGCGAAGAGGGGCCGCAAAGCCAAGGUUCCGGAGGAGCCUUCGGUGGAGGAGCCUCCUGCGAAGAGGGGCCGCAAAGCCAAGGUUCCGGAGGAGCGAUUGGUGGACGAGCCUGCUAAGAAGACGGGCCGCAAAGCCAAGGUUCCUGCAAGUGUGGAGGAGCGAUUGGUGGACGAGCCUGCAAAGAAGAGGGGCCGCAAAGCCCAGGUUGCUCGUGCAGAUGACCCCGAUGUGCGAGCCUUGGUCGAGGAUGAGUAUGUCCUGCCUACGCAGACCUUUGCCAGACGCCGCCAGCCGAACCCCACCCUAUCGUCGGCGAAGUGGUUGUUUAUCCGCAAGGCUUUCGAGCGCAUCGUGCUUCCGAAGCUCGACCCUGGUGCCAAGACUGCGCAGGAGGAGUGCUUAGCUGGGUGUGUGAACCUUUAA